AUGUCAUGUCAAUGUAUGCUAUGAGAGAGAAUAAAAUUCCGCUUAUCAUUGCAUUGUUCACUUCGAUUCUUUCGUAUUAAUAAUUUAUUAUUUUAUGAUUGUUUCUCUUUAUAGGCACUUCUAUAAACUUAUUUAAAUUGUGUAUUAAAGUAAUAAUUUGAAAUAUGUCUGCUAAUAAAGAAGAUACAGUACGACAGUUUUGUGAUGUGACCGGUGCAGACGAAGAAAGCAGUAAAUUCUUUUUAGAAUCUGCCAAUUGGCAACUUGAGAUAGCAUUAUCAAGCUUUUAUGAACAUGGUGGUAAUGUAGAAGAGGCCACAGCAUCAGGACCUUAUGCAAGCUUAUCAAAUACUGACAUGGAUGUACAACCCACAUCUCCAGUGAAAUCCAAGGAAAAGGAUAAGAAGAAACCCACAAACACAAAGUUUGCAACAUUAGAUUCUCUGCAGCAAGAGAGUUCGAGUGAAGAAGAUGAAGGUCAGGCAUUUUAUGCUGGUGGUUCAGAGCGCUCUGGUCAGCAAAUUCUUGGACCAGGAAAGGGCACGAAGGAUAUUGUUACUGAAAUGUUUAAAAGUGUUAGAGAACGCGGAGCUGUUGUGUUUGAAGAUGAGCCGUCUUCCGCAAGUAGGGGGCGUAGUGGACACUUUAGCGGCGCUGGAUACAGGCUGGGUCAGACUGCUGAUGAUCAUGAACAAGUGACACCGUCUAAUUCUGGACAAUCGGCACAGGAAAGUUCUCGGUCGGUGCGACUGCAGCUGUAUCGAGAAGGCUUCACCGUGGACUCAGGUCCGCUGCGACGCUACACCGACCCAGAGAAUGCAGAGUUCCUACAGUAUAUACGUAGAGGUGAGAUCCCGCCUUCUCUGGGUGGGGGUGCGGGCACCGAGGUACGAGUGUGUUUGGAAGACCGUCGUCACGAAGAAUGUCCGCGUUCGCAGCACAAGCCUCAGGCGUUCACUGGCAAAGGACAAAUGCUGGGCAGUCCGACACCGCCGGUAGCGGGCGCUACGGCCCCGGCCGGACCCGUCGACAGGGAAGCGAAUCUGCGAGCGGCACAGGACGCACUACGGCUCGACGACGGCCAGCCCGUCACCACCAUACAGUUCCGGCUGGCAGAUGGUAGUCGUCUGACUGGCCGCUUCAACCACACGCACACAGUGGGACAGUUAGCGGAGUAUGUGUCUCGCGCCGAACCUGCGUACCAACUGCAAUCGUUCGCUCUCCUCACGUCAUACCCCACAACGGAGCUGAGCGACCCCAGCCUUACCAUCGCUCAGGCCAACCUUCUCAACUCGACAUUGUUGCAGCGGCUGAAAUAAUCCUAUCAUUGUUAAUUAAAUCUGUACCCUAUUCGUUGAUACUUAGUAAACAAUUUUGAAAUGUUUUUUAAAGUAAAAUAAAUGGAUGGUAAUAUAAAUAUUAUUGGGGUAAUUGAUUAUGUAUUAACCCGUCGAGUGAUCUGCUCUGUUCUAGUUUACUUGUAAUAAAACUCUCUGGUGUAGCCAGAACUUAUGAUUCAAUGUUUUUAAAUUAGUGUACAGUCUACUCUACACUGUAGUAUAUAUUUUUUUAUUGAGGGGUUUGUGCUAUUGUCAGAUAUUUUAGACCUGUAGCACUCCGAUAUGCCUACUGCAAUCAAUUUAAUUUUUUUCAACGUUAGACCCGUCAGAGACAAGAAUUGAAAGAUA